AUAACAUUACUGUAUAUUUAUAUUCCAGAUUAACGAAUAGUUCUGCUUUAGUGUGGCAUUUUAGGAAUUAGAAUGGCGACUGCAGUUUCAGACUUGCGGGAACAUUUACAGGGUCAGUUGUCAGCAAAGCGUGAUUCUCUGACAGCCACUGAAGAUCAGGUUCGACGUUAUGUCGGUGAACGCGCUUUGCUCUCUGGCCGGGGACGGGGAGGAGUACGAGGGGGGAGGGGAAGGCUGGAAGGCGGGCGGGGCCGGGACCUGGGUGGACUGGGGGAGGAGCGGAGACGAAGCGGUGAAAAUGACGCGGACCGGAGGAGGAGUUCUCUGGCGGACAGACUGGGGGAGCCUCUCAAUCGGGAUAGGGAGGAGGAGGAUGCCAUGAAUAAACCUGUUAUGUCUAGAGUUAUCAGGGAAGUCAAGUCACGAGAUGAGGCUUUACAAGAACAAGUUCCAGAUAAAAAGGUUGACGCCCGUAAUCGUCGUCUCUUCGGUUCCCUAAUGGGGACCCUGCAGAAGUUCAGCAUGGAGGAGAAGAAAAAGAAGGAGAUGACCUUGAAGAAGAAGGAGGUGGAGAAGAAGAUAGAAGAGAAGACGGAGAAGGAGAAGGAAGAUUUAAAGCUGAAGAGAAGAGAGCUGCUGGAUGAGCAGAGACAGAAGAAACAGGAUAUCAGGAUCCUUCAGGCUCAGAUGUAUCGUGUUGAGGAUUUCGAAACAUGGGAGAAUUCUAAGAAAACUGAAAAAUGUUUCAUUAAAACUAAAAAAGGUAAACAACCUGUGUUCUGGUUUCCUAAAACCCACAACUCAAAAACCCACACACUGCUACAGGAGUCUCAGGACAGAGUGGAUAAAGAGAUUGAUGAACGGAAGGAGUUGUUCGAGGCUGAACUCGUUGAGAUCGAACAGAGGCUUAAGUUUGACAGGAGACGUUCAGGAGAAGAGGUUAAGGAUGAGGAGGAGAAGGAGAACAGAGAGGAGAAGGAUGGGGAGGAAGAGGGAGAGGAGGAAGGAGGGUUUUUUGCUGAUAGGAAGAUAGUGGAACGAGAGGAUAAGGAUGAACUGCAAAUGAACGGGCAUUCUAAGUCAGCUGAGAAUGGGGAUGAGCCGGAGCAGCAGGUGUUUGUAAAAAAGGAGAAGGAGGACAGGAAGGUGGUGGAGAGGGAGGCCUCCAAGGAGAAGGAUAGGAAGGUGGUAGAGAAGGAGGUGUCCCCGGAGAAGGAGGUAUCCAAGGAGAAAGGAGCAACCAAGGAGAAAAAUGAGGAGACGAGAAGUUCUAAAGACAAGGAAGAAACUAAAUCUAAAAUAGAUGAUAAGCGACGAAGUCGUGAGGAUACGAGAAGAAGAGGGAAAGACGACCAAAGAGAUUCAAGAAGACGAGGAGAUUCAGGAAGACGAGGAGAUUCAAGAAGACGGGGGGAUGAGAAGGAAGAGAAGAAGAUAAAAGAAGAGAAGGAGGACAAGAAAGAGAAGAAGAGAAGAGACGGCUCGGAAGAUUCAGAGAAAGAUUCAAAGUCCAGAAAGCGUAAGACAAGUUCUACUGGAAAUAGAAAAGCUGGAAUUAAAAAAACUAAACCCGAUUCAUCCGAUUCAUCCUCUAGCAGCGAGGAUGAAUCGAGUAGCUCUAGUUCCGAGUCUGAUGAGAAAUCCAAGAAAUCCUCGAAAAGGCCUGCAAGAAAAUCCACCAACGACUCUUCUAAGAAACCUACAGGGUCCAGACGAAAGCGGUCCGAUAGCAGGGACGAUAAGAAGAAACGAAGUAAGAAGGACGAAUCAUCCAGUGAUUCUGAUUAAGAUUAUAGGACGAGGACUAGAGCUAAGCAUAAUGUGUGGUUGGUUCAGGUUCGGGCAAAGUUAUUAUUUGUUUACAUAAAGUCUCUACUUGCAGGUAUAAAAGGUCAUUCAGGGGUCAUUUUCAUUUAAUUCUUUUUUUACUCAAAAUUGGUCCCCCCCCCCCUUUUUUUUUGGUGUUGACCCAGGUUGAAAUGGCGGAUGCGUAUUUUAUAUUUCUGAUGAAUUUGUGUUUUCUUGUUUAAUGUGUUUCAAUUUAUCUGAUAUAAUCAUAUAAUCCACUACUGAUUAAUAAACGAUUUCAUCUCGA